CGAGCCGACGACGGCGUCACAUCGGCAGGCAGAUGAUGGUUGAUCGGAAACGGAGAAGUGCGUCCGCCACCGACGUGACAAAGGAGAACGAGCAACACGUCUCAGACUUUCGUUAUGCCGUCCAGAUCAGCGUCUAUCUGCUGAAGCCGAUCGGUGCUUGGCCGUUGGACGACGAUGAAGCCACCUCAUGGCUCAAGAUCGCCGUGCACAAAGUGUCCACACUGAUCGCCACGUUCCUCAUGUUAUUCACCAUCGUGCCGUGGAUCGUGCAGAUUAUCAAAGAGAAGUGGAGCGUCAUCCAGAUGUUACGCACGAUCUGUCCGUUGUUAUUCACGUUAACGGUAUUUGCGAGAUAUAUUCUACUAAUGUUGCAUCAGAAUCAGCUCAAGUCCUGCAUGGACCGCGUGGCCGACGACUGGCGGUACACGAUCAUUGCCGAGGAUCGUGAGACCAUGCUGGCGAACGCCAGGAUGGGCCGCACGUUCGGCAUCGUAUCCGUAGUCUUCAUGUUCAGCAGUGGCGCGCUCUUCUUUUCGCUACCUUUGGUCUUGCCGAGCCUGAUCAACGAGGAUAAUGUUACCGUAAGACUGCAUCCGUCACCCUGUGAGCUCCUUGUAUUUGAUUCCAAGAUUACUCCCGUGUAUGAGAUCGUGUACCUGUUACAAACCCUGUCCGGUUGCACCAUCUACAGUGCAUUCUGCGGCAUUUGCAGUCUGAUGGCGAAUUUCGUCGUGCACGUGUGCGGCCAGUGCGACGUGUUGACGUUGAUCUUCGACGAGACCGUGGACGGCGGCGAGCAUAAUCGCGGUCCCAUCGAGGGCCGAAUUGCUACCGCAGUUACUCGACAUUUGCGUAUGCUGAGAUUGGUCUCUGAUGUAAGUGGCUUGUUUACCGAGAUAUGCCUCGUGGAAUUCAUACAGGCCUCGUGUAACAUAUGUCUAAUCGGCUACUACAUCAUAACCGACUUGAAUAAUAACGAAUCGUUCGUACAGAUCUCCAUGUAUGUCUUAGCACUCGCGUCGAUUGUCUUCAACGUGUUCAUGUUCUGCUAUAUUGGUGAUCUGCUCGCCGAGCGCUGCCAGAAGUUGGGUACCACCUGCUACACGGUCGAGUGGUACCGGAUGCCACCCAGAAAAGCGGUCGAGAUGAUCAUGCCGAUCACGAUAUCUCGAUACCCCGCGACGCUCACAGCUGGAAAGAUGAUGACGAUGACCCUGACUACGUUCUCUGACAUUUUAAAGACGUCAAUGGCGUAUUUCAAUCUGCUGCGUGAGUUCUCCAUACGGGAUGCUACGAGAACGUAAGAUACGUGGCGUUGUCAACAAUUGUUCUAAAAACAGUUUUAGGAUAUCUUUAGUAAAGAAUAGCUUUAAUUAGUUCGACUAAUGCACGUGUUAGUACAGCACUUAUGAUGGAAAAUUCUCUUCAAAAUGUGACUACUGUCUACUAAAAUAAAAUUCAAAAAUAUAAGGAUAUAAAAAA